AAAGCAAAAAAUAUCAUAACACGAUCUGCGCAUGAGGUAAGACCGCCGUGCCGGUCCGAGAAAAGUGUGCUUUUUAGUGUAAACUCGGUAGGAAAAUACAUAAAAUGGCCCUUCUGGUACGGUACACCAACCUGCCGCAGUGGUCACGGGCGGCACGGAAAACGCUCGGCUAUCGGAUGCAAUCCACAGCACCGCGCUUGGAGGAUCGUGGAGGUCUCGGUCAGGAUGAAGAAUUCCGUGUGUUAAACUUGAGGCAGGUGAAAAAUCAACGUGCAGCCCGCCGAAAGGCAAUCCGUCCAGAUGUGCCACCACCACGGUCACAACAGAUGGCAACGGAUCAGGAUUGGGGUGCGGUAUGGCCUGGACCCCGUACCUUCCAUCCUGCCACCGUUCCAUUGCCCCUCCGGCAGGGUUACGCGACGAAGAAGAACCAGAUGGCACCGGGCAAGUUUGCAAACGCGGAACUGAUGAAGAUUCCCAACUUUCUGCACCUCACACCACCGAUCAUUAAGCGGCAGUGUGAAGCGUUGAAACAGUUCUGUAACCCCUGGCCGAAGGGGCUCGAGACGGAGGAGCAGAUGCAGAGACACUUUCCGUUGACCAGCAUUACGGCCGAUUACUGUCACGCACUGCCCACGAUCCGCAAUCCGCUGUCACGGAUCGUCACGGUGCAGCUACAGCUCGGUGCCCUGCAGCUUGAUCGUCACGCGAAGGAUAAGUUGCUGCGAUUGGUCGGUGAACGGUACGAUGCCGAGAGUGAUGUGCUGACGAUCGUUACCGAUCGGUGCCCGUUGAAGAAGCAAAACUACGAUUAUGCGAUCUAUCUGCUGACGGCGCUGUAUCACGAGUCGAACGUAGUGGAACCGUGGGAAGCGACCAAGAGUGAAGCGGACAUGGAGUACUAUGAUUUCGAGCGGAAUUGCAGCAAAAAGAAUGCCGAGGCGACGCUGAACUGGGGUAAGAAGGAGGGGGAUGCGGGUUGGGCGGCCUGUCCGGGCGAGUUUGCCGAUGCCGUGGCGAGGCUCUUUAACGACGGAGAAAACGGUUACAAUUUGGACAAGUACAAGGAGCAAUCGUUGGCCCUGUUGGGAUUGGUGGCGCCUGCGGCCCCUGUAUCGCAGUAGCAUUUGUGUUCGUAGUGGAUAGAGCAGAAGGUCGCUAGAAAUGUUUAAUAAAAGCCCUCCGACCGAGGGAUGGAACC